GUAUGUGACUGUGUAUCUAAGUUCCAAGAUAAAUUUUAGAAGCCAGGGUCUGAAACUUAUUUUCAUGGAAGGACUUUAAUGCUUCCGAAUUCUCAGGGAAGGACUCUUUGGCCAAAUAUAAAUAACACUCUUUUAUCAAACCUACAAUGCCACCGCUCAACAACUCAUCCUCAUCUAACAUUUUCUUAUUAUCUUUUCCUUUUUCUGUUGAGAUUCUGAGCUUCAAUUUUGAUUCAGGAUGACUAUUCUUGUUGAUCAACCUGAGUGUGGAAUUGAGACCGUGGAGAAGAAGAUCACCCUCAAUGAAAAUGAAUUGGCGUUGGAUGGUGGAUUUAUGAUGCCCCAAUCCAAUUCAUUUGGCCACAACUUUAGGGAUUAUGAUGCUGAAAGUGAAAGGCAACAAGGCGUGGAGAAUUUCUACAGAACCAAUCACAUUAACCAAACUUACGACUUUGUGAAAAGGAUGAGAGAAGAGUAUGGGAAAUUGGACAAGGUGGAGAUGAGCAUAUGGGAAUGCUGUGAGCUUUUAAACAACGUCGUGGACGAGAGUGAUCCAGACUUGGAUGAGCCACAAAUUGAGCACUUGUUGCAGACAGCUGAAGCCAUCAGAAGAGACUAUCCCAAUGAAGAUUGGCUCCACUUGACUGGCCUUAUCCAUGAUCUUGGGAAGGUUCUUCUUCUUCCUAGCUUCGGGGAGCUUCCUCAAUGGGCUGUUGUAGGUGACACAUUCCCUCUUGGCUGUGCCUUUGACGAAUCAAUUGUUCAUCACAAGUAUUUUAAGGAAAAUCCAGACUAUAAAAAUGGUGCAUACAACACUAAAUAUGGAAUUUAUUCAGAAGGCUGUGGACUAAACAACGUCCUGAUGUCAUGGGGGCACGAUGACUACAUGUAUUUGGUGGCCAAGGAGAACAAAACUGCUCUUCCAUCAGCUGCUCUUUUCAUCAUCAGAUACCAUUCUUUUUAUGGUUUACAUAGGGCAGGAGCAUAUAAGCACUUGAUGAAUGAGGAAGAUGUUGAGAAUCUUAAGUGGCUCCAAAUAUUUAACAAGUAUGACCUAUACAGCAAGAGCAAAGUUCGAAUUGAUGUCGAAGAAGUCAAGCCAUACUAUCUCUCUCUCAUUCAAAAGUACUUCCCUGCAAAGCUGAGGUGGUGAAAAGUUGAAGCUCCGAAGUGGUAUGAGUGUAGAAAUUGACGAUGAUAGUGAAAUAUAUGUGAUGACUGUCUGUUGCAGGUUGAAGAGAUUUUAGAUGCUUUCCUUUGUGAUGUCAGUAUGUUAUUUUAUACACAUAUAAGAAGUAAUGUUGUAGUGUUAUGGUUUCUAUGGAAUAAAUAUUAUUUCUCUUCU